CCUAAACACACAGGCGGACACUGCGCCCGCCACGAUAUGGGCCGCCCAUAAAGCGGUCAUCAGGGGCACUCUCAUUAGCCUGGCCACCCAUAAAAAAAGACACACACACACAACAGCAAAUCACAGACGCCAUGACGGAACUCCGCCGCCUAGAAACCCUACACAAAAAGAACCCUAACCCCGCCACGCUAACUAAACUGACAGCUACCCGGGACCUCCUCAAAACCCUCACACAACAAGACUCUUCCAAGCCCCUGAUGUGGCUAAAACGGACGUUCUAUGAAAAAGGGAACAAGGCGGACACUAUGCUGGCCCGCCGACUCAAACACCGAAUAGAGUCCAAACGGAUCUCGGCCAUACGCACCACAGGAGGCGACGUUAGCAAUGACCCAACUCGCAUAGGUAGCAUUUUCCAGGAUUACUACACCAACCUAUAUAACCAUACCCGAAACUCCCAAACCGAUUCAGAGCCCCUACACACUCGCAUAGACACAUUCCUACAGAAAGCGACCCUGCCCUCCAUGACCCAGGAGGCCAGGGCCGCGAUAGGGCAGGAGGUCACGGUGGAGGAGAUGGCACAGGCACUCUGACCUCUCAAGCCAAACAAGAGCCCGGGCCCCGAUGGCUACUCGGCCAUAUACUACAAAGAAUUUAGCCCUAUCCUACUACCCCACCUAUGCAGAGUAUUCAACGCCACAUUGAGGGGGGGAAACCCUCCCGCCAGACCUGACAAGGGCUCACAUUUGCCUCCUCCCCAAACCCGGAAAGGACCAGCUAGAACCGGCCCACUAAAGGCCGAUCUCCCUGCUUAAUGUUGAUCUCAAACUCAUGACCAAGGUCAUGGCAAACAGACUAAAUCCACACCUGGGAUCACUCAUACACCCCGAUCAGGUGGGCUUUAUACCCCAGAGACAGGCAGCGGACAACACCCGAAGGGCCAUUGACCUCAUUUGGCUCGCCAACCAUAGACGUAUCCCAACAGCAGUCAUAUCGCUCGAUGCCGAAAAGGCUUUCGAUCGCCUCACAUGGCAGUUCUUACACCAAACUCUGACACACAUAGGACUACCACCAGAAUUCACCUCGUUCCUAACAGCGGUAUACCACGACCCCCAGGGGGCACUCCUGUUGCCUAAUAUCCCACCCCCAUGCUUCCCUAUCACUAACGGCACGCGACAGGGGUGCCCUCUGUCACCCCUGCUGUUCGCCCUCUCCCUGGAGCCCCUUCUCCGGACGGUACGCGCCAAUACGGAGGUGGAGGGGAUCACGGUCAGGGGGGAAAUAUUCAAAAUUUCGGCAUACGCCGAUGACAUCCUGCUGACCCUGACCAACCCAGAGCGCUCCCUAGGGCCCUUCCUCGCCAUUGUGGAAGAAUACUCGGAAAUUUCGGGAUAUAAGCUCAACUUGAAUAAAUCGGAACUGCUUCCUGUCCAAAUGGACACCACAACGCUAGAUAGGAUCCGCCUCACCUUCCCUCUCCGGGUCGGCUAUUUCCAAUCUCGGGAUCCAAAUAACAGCUAA